AGAGAGAGAGAGAGAGAGAGAGAGAGUAUUUUAGAGAGAGAAAAAGUGAACGAGAGAGAGAGAGAGAGAGACACACACACACACACACACACACAGAGUGAAGAGAGAGAGAGAGAGAGAGAGCUCUCGACGCUCGGGCUAUACAGGAAAAUUUGCAUAAAAAUAAACAUUUCGUUUUGUAGCUUCUUUUUCUAGAGAGAGAAAGUAUGGUAUAGAGAGAGAAAGAGGGGAACUGAGCUUGAGCUCUCCUGAAGGAAAAGGCCCUAAAUCGCAUUUCUUCGUCGUUCUUCUUCGUCCUCUCAUUGUUGUUGGGUUCUGUAACAGGGCGUCUGUACAAAUUUCAUAUUCUUCGUCAACUUCCUUCUCUUUUUUGUUUUUCAUUUGGAGUUGUUUGUUAGAAGAUUGCUCCAUGUGGUGAUAAGCAGGUAGCUUACAUGGAGAGGAUUCCUGAAUCAAAGGUGCUUCCUAGAAAAUUGCCUGUUGUGAGUGAGGUAUCAAUUGCGCAUGCAGCCUCAGCAAGAGAAGCAGGACAGUUAUUGGCUAUGGUGAGAGAAGAAGUUGCUUCAGCGAGAGAAGUGGGCCAAUUGUCAAAUGGUCGCUUGGCUUUGAUGAGAGAAGAAGUUUCCGCAAGAGAACUGCAGUUAUCGAAAGCACGCUCUGCUUUGGUAAAAGAAGUUGGGAGAUAUGAUGCUUGGAACUCUCCGGAUUCAGCCUUGCCUGUGCCAGUAAGAACAUGGAAAGGAAAAGCCUCUUUGCCAGAACAGGAAGGCCUUAUGCCUGAUGCUGUAACAUUUAAGGGAAGUGGUGAUUUAUUUGAGGAAGGUGGACCUAGCGCUUUCUCUGGAGCUAGUCACCCCCCAGAACCUGUUGAUACUGAUCUAAUGAGCACAGUUUAUGUACCAAUUAGUCAAGCCAAAUCUGAGGCUGGAUGCUUGAUGAAAAGCAUGUCUUUGAAGGGUCCUUUUCUAGAAGAUCUGUCAAUCCGGGUUCCUCCUAAGAAACCUAGCUCAGCUGUUCUUUCCCCUGCUGAAAGUUUGGUUGAAGAGCCUCCUGACCUGGGUGUGUUAUCAUCACCAUUUUCAGUUCCUCGUGCAUCACAAAAUACAGAUAACUCACUGCUUCCCCCAGAUUCCGAGGAGAAGGAAUGUGUCUGGGAUGCUUCUUUGCCUCCAAGUGGCAAUGUAAGUCCGCAUAGUAGCAUUGACAGUACUGGUGUUGUCACUGCAAUGAGCAUUGUUAAUAGCUGCGCCAGUACAUAUAGGAGUGAUGCAAUCACGAGUGAUGGAAUGCUUAGUAUGGAUAGAAACUGUGAGAGUACCAAGGGGAGUGUUAGGGGGGAUUCGCUUGAGAGUGCUAAAACUAGUGUUAGUCGAGCAAGCGAUAGCAGUGGCCUUAGCGAUGAUAGUAAUUGGAGUAACAUAACUGGGAGUGCAAAUAAGCCUCACAAAGGGAAUGAUCCUAGGUGGAAGGCUAUUCUUGCCAUUCGAGCACGGGAUGGGAUUUUGGGAAUGAGUCACUUUAGGUUAUUGAAACGCCUUGGUUGUGGUGACAUCGGCAGUGUGUAUCUCUCAGAACUGAGUGGCACUCGCUGUUAUUUUGCAAUGAAGGUAAUGGAUAAGGCAUCACUUGCAAGCAGGAAGAAGUUGACAAGAGCUCAAACUGAAAGGGAGAUAUUGCAGCUGCUGGACCAUCCAUUCUUGCCGACUUUGUAUACACAUUUUGAGACAGACAGAUUUUCCUGUUUGGUCAUGGAAUACUGUCCUGGGGGUGAUCUGCAUACAUUGAGGCAACGGCAACCUGGGAAACAUUUUUCCGAGUAUGCUGCACGAUUCUAUGCAGCGGAGGUUCUGUUGGCACUCGAAUAUCUUCACAUGCUUGGAGUUGUCUACAGGGACUUAAAACCUGAAAAUGUACUGGUCCGUGAUGAUGGCCACAUCAUGCUCUCAGACUUUGACCUUUCUCUAAGAUGUACUGUUUCUCCAACCUUGAUAAAAACCUCAUCAUUGGAUUCUGAUCCUUCAAAACGGGCAGCUGGGGGUGCAUUCUGUAUCCAACCUGUCUGUAUUGAACCCUCUUCAGUAUGUAUCCAGCCUGCUUGUUUUAUACCCAGGAUUUUCCCUCAGAAAAGCAAAAAAGGGACCCGAAAAGCACGAACUGAGUUUGGGUUGCCUUCAAGUACGCUUCCAGAACUUGUUGCAGAGCCUACUGCAGCACGAUCUAUGUCAUUUGUGGGAACCCAUGAAUACUUGGCUCCUGAAAUUAUUAAGGGAGAAGGCCAUGGCAGUGCAGUUGAUUGGUGGACAUUUGGCAUAUUCUUGCAUGAGUUACUGUAUGGUAAAACCCCUUUCAAGGGUUCAGGAAACCGUGCUACACUAUUCAAUGUGGUAGGGCAGCAACUCAGAUUCCCAGACUCACCAGCUACCACUUAUGCAAGCAGGGACUUGAUCCGGGGGUUGCUGGUCAAGGAGCCACAGCACCGGCUUGGGGUGAAGAGGGGUGCAACUGAGAUCAAGCAGCAUCCCUUUUUUGAAGGUGUGAAUUGGGCUCUGAUACGGUGCAGCACACCACCAGAAGUGCCAAGACCUAUGGAGGCUGAGCUGCCUGGUAAGUAUGGUGCCGUUGACACUGUUGGGGUUGGCAGCGCCAGUAAAAGAAUGGUUGGGGGAACAGAUAUGAAAUCAGGUGGUAAAUAUUUAGAUUUUGAGUUCUUCUAGUUUUUCGAUAGCAGGAAAUUUCGUGCAAUAUGUUGUAUUAGUGUCUUCGGUAAUCGAUCCUACAAGGGUAUGCCUCAUUUACUUUGUUCUGCUAAUGAACUUAAGCUUACCUUACCCUACAUCAUUAAAGGAGCCAAAAAAAAAAAAAAAAAAAAAAAGGAAAAAAAAAAAAAAAAGAGGAAAAAUAUUCCAUUUCAAUGGAAAAUUGUUGACACCCUUUUAAGUUAACAGAGCAUGGUGAUAAUUGUUUUAGAUGUUACAAAAAUUGUAGCGCUUUUAAGUAGAAAACUCAUUAUCCUUCUCUUCAGAGCUAAUACAAAUUUCAAUUUAUGUAGUCUUCA